AGAAAGCCGAAGAGGAGAAGCUCCGAACAUAAACCCCAAUUCUGAUACCACUGUGGGUUUAGGCGUCGUCGUCGAGUCGAGCUUCAUAAAAAUGCAAUCUUUGAGUGCUGGGAUCCGAUUUCUCCACAGGCAAACCUCAAAGAUUGCUCAUUUUAGUUCAACCGGAGCAAACCCAUGUCGCGGCGGUAUUGGGUUUAGUAGCUCCAUAGCUUCCGAUGGAGUUUGGUCUCUCUCCAAGUGUUCUUAUCAUUCAUGGGCUGCAUUUGCCAAAACGGGCUCUCAAACUGAGCCAUUGACAUGCUCAAGUACUGCCAUGUUACUCAAGAAUCCUCAACCAGGCCUGCUUCAACAGACAGCAAUUUCACCACCUAUCUUCAGCAGGUGCAUGACAACAGUGGGUACUACUGUUGAAUCAGCAACUCAAGAUUCAACGACUGAGCAUGCACCUUCCCGCAUCAAAUUUAAGAGGCUUGAUAAAACUGCCAAGCACAUAAUGCAGAUCCUAGAUAAGGAAGCUGUACAGGAAGUGAGGGGGCAAAGAGAAAUACCUGAUAUAAAGCCUGGUUAUAUUGUGCAACUCAGAGUGGAAGUUCCAGACAACAAGCGCCGCGUUUCCGUCUUAAAAGGCAUUGUGAUAGCAAGACGUAAUGCUGGUCUGAACUCGACAUUCAGACUCAGGAGGCUAGUUGCUGGAGUCGGGGUUGAAUCACUUUUUCCACUGUAUUCACCUAACAUAAAGGAGAUAAAGAUACUGGACAAGAAGAAGGUGCGAAGGGCCAAACUUUACUAUCUCAGGGACAAAAUGAAUGCACUCAAGAAGCAUUAGUGGUCCCAUUUGCCUAUUGGGAUAUAAACGUUGUUCCCAGUGAUGUCCAUGUAUGACUUAGGUCGGGAACUACCUUUUGUUUUGUCUUUGAGCAUGUUAGAUCUUUUGUAUCUUUUGCAAGUCUUUGAGAUUUCUGGAAGAUUGUUGAAACCGUAUGCUUGAGGUUGAAUAAUAUUACAAAUUGCAUAA